AUGCCGUUCGUGUUCCCUCACAGCGACGUUAGCACUGAUUAUUUCACGGACAACAAUGCCUCAGGGGGCGAAGGUGGAAGCUCGUUUACUUUUAUUAAAAUUGACAAAGGCGCUGUGUUGAAGAAAAUAAAAGCAUGGAAGGACGACUGGCGUAUCACGGGCGUAGAAGUUUGGAUGACUGACGAUAGCAGUCGCUUAGUGGGCACUCGCUCGGGAUCAUUAGCCGAAUUUAGUUUUCAAAGCGGAGAAAACAUUACCAAGCUUAAUAUUCAGGCAAGUGGACCGUAUUCUUCCGUGGCAAAGAGACGGCGAUUGGGGGCAAUAUGGUUCCAGACUAACAAAAAUAGGGAUUGGGGAAUAUUUUCAAGAAAUCUCACUGAAGAUGGGCCUUUCUGGCCUGAAGUAGGAUCAGGGAUUUGCUGCGGGAUUUUUGGAAGUUCGGGAGACGAUGUUGAUCGUCUCGGAUUUGCAAUGCUUCGAGAAGUAAAACGGUCUAUUUUGACAAACGUGACCUAUCCGAAUCUGGCGAGGGAAAUAGUGGCAACUACCCCCGACACUGUAGCUCACCAGGUGUUCAGCAACAAUACAGCAAUAGAGCAGAAGUUCGAGUUGAGCGGCUCAAAAAGCGUAACUAUCACCCGAGAAUGGGGUCUCAGCACAACGUUGUCAUACUCUCACACAGUAGAAGUUAAAGCUGGCAUACCAGAAGUUGCUUCUGCGGGGUCGUCGUCCACCUGGUCUGUCAGCGGAACAGCCUCCUUCUCUCAAUCGUCAACGACAUCUGAAACGAAAUCUUGGACAUGGCCGCUUGUUUGUCCUCCCGGCAGACGCAUUCUAGGUGAAGCCACAAUGUACGCCGACAACAUUGACACGGAAUACGAGGCCGAUAUGGAGUUGCAUCUUGUCAACGGCAAGGUCUACCGUUACAAGGAAAAGGGAUCAUACAACGGCCUAAACGCGAGGACUGGAAACGUCACUGUCACAGAUCUUGGACCCUUUGGUGGAAAGUAA